CUAAAGAUAGAUAAAAAAAUGUGCAAUUAUAAUUUUAUAUUGCAUAUCAUGACAUUAUAAAUUAAAUAUAAAUUUAAUCAAAUUAUGCUAUGAUUUUACUUGAAAUAUGUGUUAAAAGAAGAAAUUAUUUUACAAUAUAUGUACCUACAUAUUACGUAGGCAAUCGCUAUAUGUUCUUACAAUCGUUAUUGCAGAUUGAAUAAACUAUAUAUUUUUAUUAUCGUCAGAACAAUUUGAAAUCGUAUUGAUCAAUUUGUCAAAACUCAUUGGCUAUCGAAAUAUUAAGAUUUAUAGUAAGCCAAUUCACGGACAAUUUUCAUAUUCUCGAAGCAAUAGCCUUGAACGAAUAUCUUCCCCUACUUUGUCUGCCAUAAAAUUAUUCAAUUCUUUAUUAAUAUUUCCAGUGAAAAACGUUCAGAUAUUGAUUCAUCAAAUGUAUUUUAUAUAAUGAUAUAAGAAUAUGUUACAUCUCUCAAUGUAUUAUAUAGGGAUGCAUAUACUGCCCUUAUUGUGGGGUGAAUUUGCGGAUGUGCGCGCGAACGUGGGCGCGUGCGAGCGCGAUCGGUCCGCGUCGCGCCGGUGAUUCCUUCUCGGACCGGCUCGACGCGCCUUCAGUCGCGUUCCGCGCGUCGUACGAGUGGGUGUGUUUUUGCUCGCAUCCUUUCCGUCGAAUCAUUCCACUUUCUACUCUUCCUGUCCAUUUGUCUAUCCGGUUACGUUCGAUUUACGCGGCGUAAAUGAGACUUGAAGGGAGAAGUAAAGAGACGAACAUACACGAAAUAAAACAUGAAACGAACCGAAUAAUCGUCGACAGGAUUCGUUGAAACAUUACAGAGAACUGUUGAUUUUCCGAAAGGCAAAAGAUUGUCGAUCUUUUCGGAUCCGCCGAUCUAAUCGACGACGAGUGGAUCACCUGCUGAUCCAUGUCACUUGUCAAGAGAGCGACUUGAUCGGGCUCGCCGAUCGAGUUCGUUUUGUGUACGGUGUCGCGAGGUCUGCAAUUGACAGAUCUUGAUGGACAGUGUUACAAUCCAACCAUCAUACCGCGGUAGUGUUCAAGGGGAAAAUGAUCUUUUCAGAGCAGAUUUACGUAUCUCUCUAAAUUCGGAAUACGCGGUGAAUUUUCCUUGUUACUCAACGAACGUAAAGCGUGCCGAUCUGGUGGACACCCUCGCUUUAAAAUAGACUACAUUUCGAGGGUCGAGGGAGCACUGUAGCAGCGUAACCUGUUGCGGAAUGUGAUAUCGAGAAACAUUGUUAAUGCCCGUGAGAUCAUUCUUCAUUGUUAUUUCACGUAAGGGUUCCUUUUCUCUUCCAGUAACAAACGCUAAGCGUUUCAUUCAUAUAACAUGCUCUGCCGAGUUGAAUGAGCAAGAUGAGCGCAUUAAUCUUUAAAAGGAUGUUAUAUGUAUUAUAAAUAUAAAAAGAGUAUUAUUGUCGAGUUAAUCUGAAUAUGUAAUUACUAUAUAUUUUACUUAAAACGCAUAUAAAGCACUCGCAAAAAGAUAAAAAAUCUAAUCGGAUUAUUUUAUUAUUUUCUGAUCAUAUUUAAUAUUCAUCGAUCCACUGGUGAUAUAUAAUGGACCAUGAAGAUGAUAAUUUCUCGCUUGGACUCAUUCACAAUCAGGUUCAGCGCUGCAAGGACCAUGCUAAACAUAAUCGAAGUGAAUACAUCGACCAGUAUUGUUAAAUAUUUAACAUAAUAGCGACACGAUCUUUUGAAAAUUAAUGUAUCCAAUACGCAUGAAAUAUUCAAUGUGCAUAAACUUUGAAAACACAAACUCGGAGUUCGAUAAUUUGAGAACUCACUUGAGAACUUGAAAACUCGAGAACACCAGUGAAUACAUUUGUGAAUAAGUGAUGCUACAUGCCCCGGACUCCUCGAAAAUAUCGUACUUCUCUGUACGUGCAAUGCACACACAAUAAUGGAACUCGUGCGGGCACUCGCGCGUAUUUCUUUCCGUUUCAAGCACGUUCGGACUGAGCCGCUUGAUUAUUCCUAGUGCAUCGAGCGAGUCGCGCAGAACACGGAAUCCAUAUCGCGGAUCUCGUUGCGCUCUUUUAAUUGCGUCGUCUCGGGAGCAACCGGACGGGAAGUGGAAACCGAGCUGCGAGUUAUCGUGGAAGCGUCUCCUCCGUAAAGGGAUUGACACCGCCGCGGUGGAGACAUGAAGCCGAUCGAGAUUUAGCCGAGGUCGUCAGCGUCGGAGUCAUGACACUUUCAUGGGAAGCUCGCGGAGCGAAAACCUGAGCGGCAGAUCCUGUCGAUUGGUGCGAAGAUGUCCGGGGACGCGGACCAAGUGUGGACAGCCGACCGAAACCAGACCGCGGCCGACUUCGACCUGGAAGGUAUGGGAUUGGGGAAUAUCACCGACGAGCUCUAUCCCUUGCCGGAUUACAUCAACGUCACGUUGCUGCCGGAUGUCAAUAUCACGGAGGCGAUUGACUCGUUUUACUUCUACGAGACGGAACAAUUUACUGUCCUGUGGCUACUAUUUGCGGUAAUAGUCGCCGGUAAUACCGCCGUUCUCGCCGGACUUCUGCUAGGUAAACGCAGAAAAUCCCGAAUGGAUUUCUUCAUCAAGCAACUGGCGUUUGCGGAUCUCCUAGUCGGUCUAAUAUCCGUAUUAACGGACAUAAUUUGGAGAACGACGGUCACCUGGCACGCGGGCAACGUAGCUUGCAAGCUGAUAAGGUUCAUGCAGGCCAUGGUGACCUAUAGCUCGACCUACGUACUCGUGGCUCUGUCAAUCGACAGAUACGACGCAAUUACCCGUCCGAUGAACUUCUCUGGCAGCUGGUGGAGAGCUCGAGCUUUGAUAAUUACAGCUUGGAGUCUAUCAGCGUUAUUUAGUGUACCAAUGAUAUUUCUAUAUGAAGAGAAACGAAUACAGGGUACAACUCAGUGUUGGAUCGAUCUAGGCUCUCCGAUUCACUGGAAGAUUUACAUGAGCCUGGUGAGCUUCAGUCUCUUUAUAGCACCCACUCUGAUAAUAGGGGGCUGUUACACGGUCAUUGUAGUUACAAUAUGGUCACAAGGAGCAGCACUACGUCAAGGACCUACCAGAGAUACUCGAAGGGCGUCCUCGAGGGGUCUUAUUCCCAGAGCGAAAAUCAAAACCGUUAAAAUGACAUUUGUCAUAGUAUUUGUAUUUAUUCUUUGUUGGAGUCCAUAUAUAGUCUUCGACCUCCUUCAGGUUUAUGGGCAUGUGCCAAAAACCCAGACAAAUAUCGCAGUUGCUACCUUCAUACAAAGUUUAACGCCGCUCAACUCGGCCGCUAAUCCGAUCAUCUAUUGUCUCUUUAGUACUCCAUUUUGCAAAACCAUACGGAACAUGCAGGCGAUCUCCUGGAUUGCGGGAUGGUGCCCGACGAAUCCGCACUGCUUCGGUAUUGGAACGACGAAUAGUAGCACGAGAACCGUGACGACGUCUCUGACAGCCCAGUCCUCCCGCAGAAGUGGACAUUUUACGAUGUUGCACUCAACAUCGCGGAAACGUGGUCAUGGUGUCAUGGUGUCUCUGGUCUAGAGCUUACGAUCUUCGAAAACGAGCUACCACAUUCAAUUUCUUUGUACGUCGGAAUUUAAAGCCGGUAACGCAACUUUGAUAGUUUACUUGCUUGUGCUAACAAUUGAAUCGAUCGUUGCAAAAUACAAAUCUCAUCAUUUUUACAAUGAUCGAUUCGUUAAUUAUAGAAAUCGAUGUAUUUCCAACAACGCGUGACUAUCAAACUUAAGAACAUGGCAAUUAUAAAUUAGGGUAAAAUCAAUUGAAUAAUCAUGAUAGAAUUUUCAAUUGGUGUCUCUUCUAUUAAAAAAUCUAUAAUUUUGUACUUUUACCCAGAGGAAUUCUUAUUUUUUUUAGAAUUUAUAGUCACUUAUAGAGUGUAUAGUGAUCCCUAUAAAUAGACGAUUCCGUGCUACAAAAUUUUACAUAAUAUGUACCUUUACGUCGUAGUUAUUUUUAUGACAAAACUAAAAUGUUUCAAACCAUCCGUGUUGUAAUCAUACUACAAAAUUAAUUAAAUUUUUAAUUAAAAGUUAUUAGUCUCUGUUGAUCAUAUUUAACAGAAAAUAAUAUAAAGCUACAAUGGCACAAUAUAUUGCAAUUUGAUUACUGCAAUUUUCAUUUUACGACGAAAGAUAUCUCAGGACUAGCGUCACGUUGUUGUAAACUUUUAAAUAUACCAAAGAA